AUGGCGGGGCUUCGCUCAGGAUGUGGUGCGUUCGGAGCCCUUCUCCUCCUGCUCCUUGUGUCUAGACUCGAGAUUCACGCCGCUCGCCCGCUACCUGGCCAGACUGAGACUUUCUCCACCUCCAGAAGAACCCUGCUGCAGAACUCGAAUCUCGGACCCAAUCUGCUCGAGAACGGAGACUUCGAAGAUCCUGGAAAUAUCUGGUCCGCUGCCACGGCAGCUUCUGCCAUUCCCGGAUGGACAAUUGAGAAUGGCACAGCGGAGUUGGACGACUCUCAGCUCGUGUGGGCUCAGCCGAAUGGCUCCAAGUGGGAUCUUGACAUCUCAGGCAACGUGUACGGCCCGCCCCGUAUCAAGAGCGUUGACGUGUCCGUGUCCGGCCCCAGCUCCGUGUACUACAACAACAGCUACUCCUUCGACAUCUCUGGCAAGACGCGCAACAACAUGGGCUUCGUCACCAAGACUUUCACCUUCACCGCCGGCGCUGGCAGCACGAGCACCAUCCGCUUCGCCUCCCAGGACCCUGCCAGCACCUCCUGCGGAGCGGUCCUCGACAACAUCGUCGUGGCGGCAGUGCUGCCCCCUGCGCCGGCUCCAGCUCCUCAGGUCGCCGUCGUGCCCUCACCUGCCAUGGUCGUGCCGUCCCCUCCCCCUGUGAUCGUCGUGCCUUCUCCCCCGGUCGUGCCUUCUCCUCCGAUCGUGCCCACUCCCCCGAUCGUACCCUCUCCCCCGGUUGUUCUGCCACCGCCCAGCCAGCCAUCGGGGUACGGCUCCCAGCCUGCGGGCUAUGGCGGCCAGCCUGCGGGUUACGGAGGACAGCCCACCGGUUACGGAGCCCAGCCCGGCCAGGUUACGCCAGGCCAGGUCACCGUUUACGGACAGGUGUUAGCGCAUCCAUAG